GCCAGUGUCUAUCCAGGCUUUAGCCGCGGUCCGCCGGGGCGCCGCUCCUUGCGAGGCCGGUGGGUGGGUGGACGCUUAGCGACUGUCGCCCAGGCUUCAAGAUGGCGGAAGCGCUGACGAUACAGGAGGAGCUGGCAGUGCAGGAGUUCCUGGAGGAAGUGCGGAAACUGGAUCAGCACGGCCCGGUUGUGGAGUCGCGGAACACGGCGGUCAAGUUCCUCAUGGCGCGCAAGUUCGACGUAUCCAGAGCCGUCGAGCUUUUCCAGGCAUACAGGAGUACGAGGCUGAGGGAGGGAAUUCGCGAAAUCCGCCCGGAAGAGGAGCCGCUGCAGUCCGAGCUGCUCAGCGGGAAGUUCACGGUUCUGCCCUAUAGAGACGCUAGGGGUGCCGCCAUAGCCCUGUUCACGGCUCGCCUCCACAGACCAGACUACACUACCCAUAAGGCUGUGCUGCAGGCCGUCAUCUACCAACUAGACAAAGCGAUUGAGAGCAUCCAGACACAGCGGGCCGGGUUGGUCUUCAUCUAUGACAUGACCAACUCCACGUACGAGAAUUUCGACUACGAGCUGUCUAUGAAGAUCCUCAACCUUCUGAAGGGUGCCUUCCCCGCCCGCCUCAAGUGUGUGUUCAUCGUGUCGUCCCCUCUGUGGUUUCGGGCCUCACUUGCUGUUCUGCGGCUCCUGGUGCGGGAGAAGCUGAGAGAGAGGGUGUGCACACUGAAGACCCAUGAGCUGCCCCGCCACAUCCCUAAGGAGUCUCUGCCUGAACACCUUGGGGGUUCUGCACGGUACAGCCACGCCGCCUGGAUCCAGGCGUGCAUCCGCGCCGACCGGACAUCCGCCGCCGGGGACGAGCUCAGUCGUGAUAAGCCUGCUGAUGGCGUCGCUCCACGUGACCACCGCUGCCCUCUGCAGGGCAGGACUUGUACUGUGGCUGAGCCAAAUGCUGACCGGUUCCCCCAGCGCCUGCAGGGUAACUACGAGGAAUGGGACGGGUCACUGCUGACGGCCAAGAGCACGGUCGUGGGGACUGACAUGGGAACCAAAGAGCGUCGCCAUGGCAACGGUCAUGUAGCUAAUGGACACGGACCCGGACCCGCCCGCAGGUCCCCGCACCGGUCGGACGCCGCCUCCAGCGUGCCUCCCCGUCGUAAGGAUCCCGGGGAGGAGGGGGCGGGACUUGAAGGUGGGCAAACCCGCCCAGCGUACGCCUGGGGCUGUGGCAGAACCUCGGUGCCGUCCGUGCACGUGCCGGAUAACGAAGGUAUGACGGUAAGGGAGCUGGUGGAGCACGUGAAGAAGAUGAAGAAGAAGGGUAUCUUCCGGGAGUACGAGGAGAUCCGCAAGGAGCCCCCGGCAGGCACCUUCAACCACUCAAGGAAGCCUAGCAAUCAAAUGAAGAAUAGAUACAGUGACGUUCUCUGCCUCGACCACUCCAGGGUCAAGCUCAGUGUCAUGGACAGUGACGAGACGUCGGAUUACAUAAACGCAAGCUUUAUGGAUGGUUACAAACGGAAAAACGCGUACAUUGCAACUCAAGGCCCUUUGCCAAAAACGUUUGCCGAUUUCUGGCGCAUGGUGUGGGAGCAGCGAGCUUUGAUUAUAGUGAUGACAACCAGAGUGGUGGAGCGCGGACGGGUGAAGUGUGGCCAGUACUGGCCGCAAGAGGUGGGUGACAGUGACACGUACGGGCGCUUUCUGGUCAAGAACGUCCACGUCAGGAUGUUCCAGGACUUCCGACUGUCCCAGCUGCAGGUGUACGACAGCGUGUCCGGGGAGCUCCGCAGUGUGGCCCAUUACCUGUAUGUCAGCUGGCCUGACUUUGGCGUCCCCAAAUCGGCCGGAGCCAUGCUGGACUUCAGGGCCCAGGUCAAGCAGCACCAGGAGGCUGCUUUUCGGGCCAUGUGCGCUGACUGGACCGGACCAGCAGGGGGCCCUCCGCUCGUGGUGCACUGCAGCGCCGGAAUCGGCAGGACAGGGACCUUCUGCGCUCUGGACAUCUGCCUAUCGCGGCUGGACGACGUGGGUGCGCUGGACGUGCAGCGGACUGUGAGGCGCAUGCGUACUCAGCGCGCCUUUAGCAUUCAAACGUGGGACCAGUACUACUUCUGCUUCAUGGCCGUGUUGGAGUAUGCACAGAGGCGUGGCCUCCUGCCGGCCAUCCAGUGGUCUGACAGCGAGUGACAGGCGGCGGGAAAACUGGACGGAAACAAAUGACGCUGCCAGCGGAGCCUCAGAAUAACCCCGCCUCCCCACAAGUGAUGGGGCGGGGCUUGCCACAGACGGAGAGAGGGGGGCUCCGUGGUCUGUCCCUAACUCUCGGACUUAACGGGGAAUUGGGCGAUUUGGGCGGAACCAACCACAUGCGUGUGGACCGUUUAUCCUAUCUCCAUCCAUCCCGUGAAACGUCACAAUUUUGUUUUACUGCUGGGGGAAAACAGAUCAGGAAUUACUUAACCAACUUUAAUAGGUUGCAUCGGUAGUAUACUUAUAUUCAAUCUUUUUAUUAAAGUGCAUUUAUUUUUAAAGUUUUUUUUUUGCUUGUUUUUUAAUGAAUGUAAACCAAACCUAAGUCGUCCCUUUUUUUUUUGGGUGUUUCUCUGCCCUGUUUUAACACCGUGGGUUUGUGUGAUGUGUCAAACUUGUGCCUCUGCCCUGUUUUCCUUUUUACAAACGCAAAGACAUGUUACAAUAUAUGUAUGUGCAUAUAAGUAGCGUAUAAAAGGACAAAAACAGUCACUGAUUUCACAGAAAACGCCAGUUAUCGUUCAUCAGUACACGGGACAGCCAAAGACAAACAAUUUGAACUAAUGAAAUGUUUUGCACUCUGACGGCUGUUUCGAAGCGUCACAGUUAAGAGAACCUUGCUUAGAACGGCGAGUUUGCGUUUUCAUACGUCUGUCUUUCCAGCGGUUUCUGGGGACACGGUUAAGGGCAAAUUACUAGCCAGUCGCUGUCCUGGCUACUAGACGGUGCCGCAGCCUCAUUAAUGCGUGACCUCUGCUUCACACGCUCUGCUUCCCCUGGGUUUAUAAAAAUAUCCUUUACCUGUGCGCACGUAGCGGAGCAUGCGUGUACGCACAUGCGGGUGCGUGUGUGCAAACCUGCAUACAGAGCUGUUCUUGUGCGAUCCGGUUUAUCUGGGGUUCAUAAAUGUGCAAAGUUUUCAGCCUCGUCUUCUUGUCUGUCUUCGGUCUGCAGCUGUGUCGCAUUUUAGGUGCCUUCAAGUCUUUAUAAACACAGUGAAGAUGUAACAUUGUAACAUUUGCUGUUAUAUAAUUUUUAUUAUCUUGUUUGGGAAUCUCAGGGGUUAAUAUUGUUUCUAGUGUUGAAACAGAAUGUCAAUUAUUUUAUUUUUUGUAUUUUGUAUUCUGCAACGCAUCUUAUGUUGCUUGUGAUUCUGAAAGUAUUCCUAGUGGUUGAUUUGUUGGUGCAAUGCUUGAUGGGUAUGAUGACAAGGUUUAUUUAAAUUUAGUAAAUUUGGUUCUUGGCUGACGAUACUGUUUUUAAAACUGAACAAAUCUGCUUUCUGCCAGUGGGGUCUGCCUUCAAAGUCUGUAGUGAUGCUUGUGUUGUGGCAUGUCUCAUUGUGGGAUCGUUGGCACCACAUUUGGGAGAGUAAAGAAACCAUUUAAUACAGUAUUUAAGAACCCAUACCGGCAGCCAUUUUGUCAUUUGAAGGGAGAGCACAAAGAGAACUACAUUUGCCCAUAGGUCUGGUGAAUACCUCAGUUCUGGCGCUGCGCCAUAUCGCUAACACCUUCCCUCCAAGCUCACAGUAAAGUUCAGGUGAGGUAAGACGUUCUUCACCUGCCUAGUUUGUGGCAGCAGGGAGGUACUGCAUCCUGACGGUGAACUUGUGCUUAAAGACACCGUAAUAAUUCAUCAGUUUUGUCAUAGUAAAAUAUGAAUAUUAUUCUGAAUAUUUAUAACCAUAA